UGGAGCCCAAACGCAUGUAAAGCUGUAUGUGUUUGUUUCGAUAAAAUUCUAAAGUCUGCGCUAAGCAGACAAGCUUAUCGAUAUUAAACAAAUACUGGAGUAGCUUGAUUUCAGCGAACGUUUAAACAAUUCCGAGGAUUUUUGUUGAGAAAACGGUUAUAUUUGCAGACUGAGUUUAUCUAACGGUUUAAGACAAGACAGCAAAAGGGGCUUCUUCAGGACUUCCUCUACCACCACAAAGAGAGGAAAUUACUGUAGAGUUCCUGUGAUGCGCUGUUUGCAGAUCCUGCUGCUGACAAGGAAAUAGAAAUCCCUAGAUGGAGAAGCCCCCUUUGCCGACGGACGAUGGCGGCCAUGGCCUGGGUGAGAGCCACUCGGACGCGGCGCUGAUGUCCAUCGGAGGGCCGGUCCCAGGCGGGGAGGAAGGGCCGGCGGAAGACCGUCCGGCGUGGGACAGCAAGCUGCAGUACGUCCUGGCCCAGGUGGGCUUCAGCGUCGGCCUGGGGAACGUCUGGAGGUUCCCUUACCUCUGCCAUCAGAACGGAGGAGGAGCGUUCAUGGUUCUGUACGUGAUGUUGUUGAUGGUGGUGGGGGUGCCGCUGUUCUUCAUGGAGCUGGCGGCUGGCCAGAGCAUCAGACAGGGCAGCAUUGGCGUGUGGAAACACAUCUCCCCGCGACUGGCUGGGAUAGGCUACUCCAGCUGCAUGGUGUGCUUCUUCGUGGCUCUCUACUACAAUGUUAUCAUUGCUUGGUCUCUCUUCUACCUUGGAAACUCUUUUCAGUACCCGCUACCAUGGGAACACUGCCCCAUAGAUCACAGCACUAACGCGACAGUUAAGGAAUGCGCUGAAAGCUCUCCCACCUCCUACUUCUGGUUCCGCAAGGCACUGGACAUCGCUGACUCCAUAGAUGAAUCUGGAACUUUUAACCCCAUCAUGACCGGCUGUUUGCUGGCCGCCUGGGCUAUUGUCUGCCUCGCCAUGAUAAAGGGCAUCAAGUCCUCAGCCAAGGUGAUGUACUUCUCCUCUGUGUUCCCGUACCUGGUUCUCUUCAUCUUCCUCAUCAGAGGCCUGAUGCUGGAUGGGGCCAUAGAUGGAAUCAAGUACAUGUUCUACCCCAAGAUAGAGAUCUGGGGCAGGGUCCAGGUGUGGCGCCAGGCGGCCACUCAGGUGUUCUUUGCGCUGGGCCUGGGCUACGGCUCGGUCAUCGCCUACUCCUCCUACAACCCCGUCCACAACAACUGCCACCGCGACGCCUUCAUGGUGUCCAUCAUCAACUUCAUGACCUCCGUGCUGGCCUCCCUCGUCGUGUUCGUGGUGCUGGGCUUCCGGGCCAAGACCAUCGCGCUGGGCUGUGUGGCGAGGAACCUGGGGGUGAUGUCAGAGCUGGCUGCAGUACCUGGUGCGUCUCAGCACUGGUGGCCCUGGUUUAACAUGUCCGAGCCCAGCGCCGUGGGGCUGGACGACUACAGAGAGUGGUACAAACUCUACGGGGCGCAAGUGGGGGCAAACAUAACCGACUGUGACCCUGAGAAGGAGAUGAACAAGGGUGUGGAGGGGACAGGUCUGGCGUUCAUCGCCUUCACCGAGGCCAUGGCUCUGUUUCCUGCCAGCCCGUUGUGGUCAGGCCUCUUCUUCCUCAUGCUGCUCAACCUGGGCCUGAGCACCAUGUUUGGGACCAUGCAGGGCAUCCUCACCCCCCUCAUGGACAACUUCAGCCUGCUGGGGCGCCACAGAACCAUGCUCACUGUGGGUAGCUGUUCCCUGGGCUUUCUGAUCGGACUUCUGUUUACUCAGCAUAGCGGGAACUACUUUGUGACGAUGUUUGAUGACUAUUCUGCCACUCUGCCGCUUAUCAUUGUGGUCAUUUUCGAGACUGCGAGUGUUUCUUGGGUCUAUGGAGCUGACAGGUUCCUGGAUGAUGUUGAGGUGAUGUUGAAGUGGCGGCCUCCGGCCAUCUACAAGUACAUGUGGAAGUAUGUGUGCCUGCUGUCUAUGAUAGGACUCCUGGCUGCCAGCCUGCUACGCAUGGUCAUCAAACGGCCCACCUACACCGCCUGGGAUCAUGCCACGGCCACUGAAAACACUUUAGCCUACCCUGGCUGGGCUCUGGCCGUAUUGACCAUGUUGAUUCUGGCUGCAUCUCUACCGGUGCCGAUUGGCUACGUUAUAUCACUCAUAAAAGGUGGGCGGGGCCCGCCCGACGAGGGGAGCAUCCCCGAUGCGCACAGGGACCGGUACACCAAGUGCGAGUCCUCCGACCGCGACACCUUGCAAUCAAACGGCCCCGUAAAUGAGCUGGAGGAAAUGGCCAGGGCAGCCUUCCUCCCAUUGGGCCACGAUCACUACCGGCUCCUCCCACAGCAGGAAGAUGGGGAUGACGAGGAAGAGGAAGACACAGUUGUGUAAAUGUGAGUGAGUGCUGUUGGUGAAAAAGUGACAAGAAGGAUUGAAAGAUUGCUAAAGAAACAAAUAUGAAAUGAAAAGCUAAAAUUUUGGCCUGACAUAAUUUAGGAUUAUUGCUUGCUGUCUAACUGGACCAUAUGAGAACCAUUCUGGGGGGGUGUUCUGACUGGCCUCUUAACCAAAUUUAGGUUGUAACUUGUACCCAUUUGUAUACUUAAAGCUUUUGACACAACAGGUAAUCUUCAGUGCCGUAUUUGCAAAUGUCCGUUGUUCUGUGAUGAAAAGGGAUGGAAGAAGUAAUGAAACUAAAGAGAACGACACAGGGAAUCAUUCUUGUAUAUGCUGUAUAACUCCACAAGGUUAAGAGUGGAAGCCACAAAGAUGUAAAUGUUUUUUUUAAAUCAGUUUUCUGAAUAUGAAUGUAAAACAGAAUAUGAAAUGUUGAGAGAGGACAUUGAUUUCUUGAUAUCAACAGCAGGGUUAGUUAAUGGAGUCAGCAGUAAAGCCACAGUACGUGGCUGUAAACCUAAGCUAACUAGUUCUACAGUAUUGCCGUUGGUAGUAAUGCCAAGCUAGCUUGAUGCUAGCAAGUAUGUUGCUAUAAUAUAGCUAGGUUUGGUUUACUGAUAACGUUUCAGUCAAUGGAUUCACACUGUGUGUUCAAUCAUUUCUGAAAAUACAGGAAUGGGAGCAUGUUGCUUUUUAGAAUAGUUUUUAUUUGCUCACAUGUGUGUGUUUUCCCAGAGGAAAAAAUGUCUUCUUUGUCUUGUUUAUUUCUCCUAAACACAAUUGAGCUCAGUUUAACAUUGUGUAAAGAUCGUAUGUCUCAUGUUUUUUUUUAAUUUCAAGAAAAAGCCUAUUGUCUCAGCUCAAUUAAGUCCAUGUUGAAGUUCACCUUAAAACUUUAAGAUACUCUUAGGGGCUUUAGGAAAAAGAGGUCCGAAUUCCUUAAGAGGUCAUUUAUUUCUAUGAGAUGAAGACAAGACUAUUGUAGGUGCUAGGUGGUAAUGCUUUCCUCCAGAUUGGUCCAACUAGACAUCAACAUGCCAAAGUCUAGACUAGUCCCUGUUGUGGCAAUGUCCAUAUGCUUGUGGACCAAAGGUCAUAGUUGCCUUGACUACCAGGUCUUUACACUAAAGGGUCACUGACAUCAACUACCAUACUCUAGUUUAGUCUCACACUCUCAUGGUAAUAUUCCAUUCACCUAAUAUUCUGUUCACCUUCAGAAUGAAUGGCACUCAUUUUUAAUUUGUCACAGAAGUCUGAAGGCUUCAAAGCCCUGUCUUAAGCCAGCCUGUCUUGCUCAGCUGUGUUGACAGAUCAGGAUUCAUGAGAGAAAUCAAUAAGGGAUCAUAGCUUUCGACUAGUUAAUUGAUAUGGUUUGGCUUGUCGUCCGAUAUCAUCAGUGCCAUGUAAAAGACGUUUUAAUAAUAUUUUAAUAGUAGUCGUAAUAGUUUAAAAUAGUAGCAGCCACAUUUAAAAAAGCAUCAACCAAAGUAAGCAAUUAUUUUGAUAAUCCAGUCUGCUGAGCCAUUUUUUUUAUUUUGUAGUUUGGACUGAUAUUCUUGAUAAUGAUAAUGAUAGCAAUGUACUAUCUUUAUUCUACAUACAGUCCUGUUACAAUGUAACAAGUCAUUUCUGGGGAGUGCCUGUAGGUAUGCAUUUUAAAAUGUUUGUGAAGGCAACUUUGCACAAGACGACAGAAGGAAUGGGCAGCAGCACCAUUCCAAAUGACCUGUGACCAUGCAGUCACCCCCUCUUUAACUCUCUCCGAGUCUAUUGGCGUCCACCACAGCUCACUUGUAUAGAGCUGGAUGCACUGCAUGUGCACAGGCAUGUGUACAUACUACACUCAAACAUACACAUACUCAUAGACAGACACAUGGCAGCUUCUACCCUCCUUAGUUCCUUCCCAUUGUAGUGGAGGCAGAGGCAGACGUUCUGUAACUCAUAAAUGAAAGUGGACAAACUGAACAUGAGCUGAACUAUCAAGUGUGUGGAUUGUGUUGAGGACAGGGGAUAGGUUUGCAUGUAACCAUCUCUGAUCUGUAAUUUUUGUUCAUGCAUAUACCUCGGGCCAGACUGCCUUCUUGUAUGAUGUGUUUGUGUGUGUGUGUGUGUGUGUGUGUGAGUGAGUGUGUGUGUAUGUGUGUGUGUGGGUGUGGGUGUGGGUGUGGGUGCGUGUCUGUGUGUGGGUGUGCGUUUGUGUGACAUUUUCUUUUAUAAUAACCAUUACUUUUCUCUUGGUGUGAAAAUGAGAGAUCUGCAAUUGCCAAAUAAACUUUGCCAUGUAUUAACUGUU